UAGGGCGCAAGGCCUGCUGGGAAGAUGGCGGCUUCGGCCAUGGCCGCGGUGCUACCUUGUCGGAAGUGGUCUUGGCCUGCCCCCUCCUGCGACCUCUUCCACCGUGUCUUCAGCACCUGGAUUGCACGGAAACGGGACCGAGCCCCAAGGUGGCUCCCAGAUUGCAGACAAAAGACAUCACCACUCUCUUUUCUUAGUCGACCAGAACUUCCUAACCUUGCUUAUAAGAAGCUAAAAGGCAAAAGCCCAGGAAUUAUCUUCAUCCCAGGCUUUCUUUCUGAUAUGAAUGGUACAAAAGCAGUGGCAAUUGAGGACUUUUGCAAAUCUCUAGGUCACGCCUAUAUAAGGUUUGAUUACACUGGAGUUGGAAAGUCAGAAGGGGACUUUAAAGACUGCACAGUGGGAAAAUGGAGAAAAGAUGUUCUUUCUAUAAUUGAUGAAUUAGCUGUAGGACCACAGAUAUUAGUUGGAUCUAGCCUCGGUGGUUGGCUUAUGCUUCAUGCUGCCAUCGCUCGGCCAGAAAAGGUAGUUGCUGUUAUUGGGAUCGCUACAGCCGCAGAUGCGCUAGUGACACAGUUUAACCAGCUUCCUUUUGAGGUGAAAAAGGAAAUAGAGAAGAAAGGCAUGUGGACCUUUUCAUCAGAAUACAGUGACGAAGGAGUUUAUAAUAUCCAUUACAGUCUUAUUAAAGAAGCAGAAUACCAUUGCUUGCUACAUAGCCCCAUUCCUGUGAAGUGCCCUGUAAGAUUGCUGCAUGAGAUGGCCAACCGGGGUCCGAGCUACGGCUUAAGCCGAGAGGUGCAGGAGAAGAUCGAGCAGAAGUACGACGCGGACCUGGAGAACAAGCUGGUCGACUGGAUCAUCCUGCAGUGCUCCGAGGACAUCGAGCACCCGACCCCCGGCAAGGCCCAUUUCCAGAAAUGGUUGAUGGAUGGGACGAUCUUGUGCAAGCUGAUAAACAGUUUAUACCCACCAGGACAAGAACCCAUUCCCAAGAUCUCAGAGUCCAAGAUGGCUUUCAAGCAGAUGGAACAAAUAUCCCAUUUCCUAAAGGCUGCAGAGAUUUAUGGUGUCAGAACCACUGACAUUUUUCAGACAGUGGAUCUCUGGGAAGGGAAGGACAUGGCAGCUGUGCAGAGGACACUUAUGGCCCUAGGCAGCGUGGCAGUCACCAAGGAUGACGGCUGCUACAGAGGAGAGCCGUCCUGGUUUCACAGGAAAGCCCAGCAGAAUCGGAGAGGAUUUUCAGAGGAGCAGCUUCGCCAGGGACAGAAUGUAAUUGGCCUCCAAAUGGGCAGCAACAAGGGAGCCUCCCAGGCAGGCAUGACCGGGUAUGGGACGCCCAGGCAGAUCAUGUAAGAAGUCACUUCCUGCCCUCCAAGUAGAGAGGAUGAGUGUUCCACACCACAGUGUCCAUGAUAAAGAAAUAGUUAGUCACCUUGUGAUCUUCCUCCAAGCUUCCUGUCCCUGGUUUUUGCAACUGCUACCUUUCUGCUAACAACCCAC